CCGGUUUCUCGAAUAAAAGUUCAAAAUAAAAUAUAUGUAUAAGUAAGAAAUAAAAUACGUCUACAUGGAUAUAUGUAUAAGAAAUAUUUUUGAAGCCUCUAUAUAUUUUAGCGUCAAACAAUUAUAAUUCCAUACUAUAAAUUACCCACCAUAAAGCGAUUAUUUCUUUUCAAUUGUCUGUGUAAGAUUCAAUUUACAAAUAAGGAAACAAGGAUUUAUAUUUAGUACUUUGUUGAUUUACUAUUUAGUACCAUUCAACCUGUCCAAUUCAGGUGUGAUGCAUUGGAAAUUCCAACUUUCGUUUUCGUUUUGUACAAUUUCAAUUUAAGCAGCAUGUCGAGAAUACCAGAUUACGCUCACAAUUUAUCACUUAAAAUGUCUCAAGUGAUGGAUGGGAUUGGUGUUAACGAGAAGAUAGUGAUGAAAAGAAGAAGAUCAAUGCUACUGAAUGAAUCACUAUUUACGUUAACUCAUCAGCUACGCGGUAAUGAUGGGAAUAUAUUCAUCUUCGGUAGUCAAAUAGAAGGUACAACAACUCCAGGAUUACGGUCUGACACAGAUUGUCUUAUAUCUAUGAACAAUUAUAAUGUGAUACAAGACUGGAGUGAAUGGGAAUAUGGUAAACGUAAUUUUUUGAUGAUACAAGAUGAGUAUGUCUCACCAGGAUAUUGUUUGUUACAAGAGUUAAGAGAUGAUUCUCCACUUCCACAAGUAGUUGAAGUUAAUGACCAUUCGUAUAGAGACAGAAUGGGGAGAAUAUUGUUAAAAAAUACAUUUUUUAAGAGUCCUGAAAAUAAUGCAUUCAAUUUAGUGAGUCACGGCCCAGCCCAUUCUAGCCAAGAUAUUCCUGGGUAUAGUGAUAGUGAUUAUGUUUUUGCCCUUGUCAUUUAAGACCAGUUCAAGCACGGCAUUGGUUAAAUCAGCAUAGGGAAGGACAUUGGCCUACAGAUGAUAUGAUACAGUACUGCAGUAACACACGAUGUUUUGUUGUUGGCGUUGGAAAAACAGGAAGUUUAAAUGAAGCGUUUGAAUGGAGAAUAUCCGCAUCACAUGCAGAGAGAUUUUUAAUGUUUAAUCUUAACAUACCACAAAUUAGAUGUUAUGUUUUGAUGAAAAUGAUUUUAAAAACGUUUAUUUCUCAAAGAUUUCCGGACAGCAUUUCAAGUUACAUGUGUAAAACAGUUUUGUUACAUUGUAUUUCAUAUACAAGAUCUGACGCAUGGAAGGAAAAUACCCUCUUUACUUGUCUAUCAUUUUGUUUAUCAACACUUAACAGUUGUGUUCUAAAUGAAUAUUGUCCUAAUUUCUUCAUCACACAAAAUAAUUUGAUGAGCAGGCGAUUUUCUCCGGAAACGAAGCCGUUAAUACUUGAAACUCUUCGUUAUGUAAUCGAAAGUGAUGGAAGGGCAUUGCUCGAAAUUAAAUGCGACAGGUUUGGUUUAUAUGUACAGUCAAGUUUAAAUGGUUGUGUACCAAUACAUCCACAUUUUAUACCAACUAUCAUUGCUGGACAAAUACAAAAAGAUAAAGGUCGUGAUAUAAGCUCACUCUUCAAAUUUCUGUUAAGUAAAAUGAAUGAUUUGUCACCAAGAUUUGCGGUGCAAAAACUUUUAACAUUUAUGUCAUAUCAACAUAAUGACAAUUUCACAAACAUAGAUAGAAGAGCUUAUCAUUUGAUAACACGGUAUUUAUGUAGUUCACUUGGAUCUAUUCUAGCAUCUUUAAACAAUUACCAACAAGACCAUUUAACAUACAAAAAGGCACUUUCAUUCAUGUCAUUAGGACUUGACACUGAUAUAGCAUCUGGUAAACUGAAAUUAACAUCUUUCUUCUAUUGUACCGGAGAUAUUGAGAGGACUGAAUUUAUCCUGAAAAAUAUUGAGGAAUGUUAUGAUCUAAGUGUUGUUGAACCAAUUUGCGGGUGUUACAUAUUCAAAAAGUCUCCACGAAGAGAUAAUUUCAACAGAUUAUGUUAUGAAUCAAAUGAAGAAUGCACACUGCUUAAACAUAUAACAGCACCAUGUGUCUGUUUUAUACGAUGUGAAAUAAACUGUUGUCCAAUAGAACUCCAACACGAAAUGUUUAGAUCAACACAAGAAGACCUUGCUUGCAGAAGUGAAGAUGAUGAUUGGAUGGACACGGCUGUUGUAGAUACUCUCCCUUACCUCUAUUUCUUGCAGUACAAGACAUAUUCCCGGCUAAGAAGACAAGAUGAUAAACAGAGAGCUCUGUCUAACAUUGCCAGAACCAUUGAUGUUGAACCAAAUCUCGGACAUAAGGAAACAGCACUCAAUCUUCUUGGACAGUGUAUGGAACAAGAGAAUAAUCUAGGCAAUGCUUUCAAAUGUUAUGCACGUUCCCUUGAGAUUAGAAGACAAAAUAAUUCGGCAAAAUUCCAUAUGUGUAAGCUGUUAAACAAAUUGAUCAAUAACUAGUAUUCACGUGAUUUGCAAGAACUGUAUAAUUGCAUCAUCACCAAUCGAGGACAUCUUGAAGAAAAAAAAAUCACCAGUGUUACCAUGUUCAAUGGCCAGAUUCGUUAAUGCGAACCUUUCUAUCAAAACAAUUAUUAGUAUAUAUACAAAAGACACUACGCUCAACGUUUGAAGUUUUUGUGGUGAUGUUUACCUUUUAUUUGAAUUUCAAAUUCUUAUUACGUAUUUAUUAAUAAUGAAUUUUGCAUGUGUUUGCAGUAUACAUGUUUAGUCAUUUUACAUCGGAUAAUUGAGCAUAAUGAGUGGCUUAGCAAUACCAUAUUAGUAUAUAAACGUAAUGAGCAUAAACAUAUUGAGCAUAAUGUGUGAAUAUGCAAUACGUUUUAUAAAUGUAUGGAACAUUAACAUACUGAGCAUAAUUAGUGACAACAUUUUAUUAUAUAUGAACGUUUGAAGCAUAAAUGAUUUGAGCAAAGUGUAUUAUUACACAAUGCAUGUACUUUAUUAUUACGUAUUGAGCAUAAACGUAUUGUGGCUACACAAUACCAUACAUAAAAGCAUUAAAUACAUUAUUGUGCUUGUUUUAAGCAAUAAGGUAUUGAGCAUAAUGUGUGACUAUACAAUACUUUAUCUAAAAGGUAUUACGCAUAAUAAAUGACUACACGAAACCAUAUAUCAACGUACUGAGCAAAAACGUAUUGUGUCACUACACAAACCAUAUAUAAACGUAUAAAGAAAAACGUAUUGUGACUAUACACAAUACCAUACAUAAAUACAUUAGUAUCUUGAUCUCCUUGUUGUGUGUAAAUUAUGUUUUCUCUAUAAAUAUUACGAUGUUAUAUCGCUACUUUAUCAUAUGAUUUAAAAUGUGUUGGUUUAUUUUUUUGCAAUAAAAUUAUAGCAAACAGCGUCGUUGUUCUUGUUU